CAAAAAAUUGUCAGCAUUGCAUUUGAAUGACACCAGCCUGGUCCUCUGCAGAGGAUAAAACAGCAACGCUUUGAGAAGCUGUCAAACACAGUCCAGAUUGUCUAGGGUCAGCAACAGCAGACGGGAAAACACACACACACAUACAGCAAUAAUAAUGUGUUCCCUGUCACUGCAGGUUUUUGCUUGCCUGUGCCUUUUGCUACCUUUGGCAGCCGGCAGUCCCAUCGACAACCGUGCAGGCGCGACCGAAGAGGAGAGCAGGUACGUGUUGCAAGACGAUAUUCAAGAGGAGGACUCCGUUGAUUUCAACACGCUGCUGGCGAGCAUGAAAGGAGAGUUUCUGAAGAGCCUGAAUCUAUCGGGAAGUCCACCCAUCGAUGCAGCGAAAGUGGAAGCACCCGAGUACAUGAUUGACCUCUACAACAGGUUCGCAAAUGAUAGGACCUCCAUGCCUUCCUCCAAUAUAGUCAGGAGCUUCAAGAACGAAGACACUUCAGUCUCCAACCAAACCAACGAUGUGAGAAUCCAUUCUCUCCUGUUCAACGUGUCUGUGCCCCGCCAUGAAGAAAUCACCAUGGCCGAACUACGGCUGUACACCUUGGUCGAUAGAGACAGGAGAAUAUAUGAAGGUGUGGACAGGAAAGUCACCAUCUACGAAGUGAGUGAAGGGGAAGUUGAGGGGGACACCGACGAAGAGCAUCAAGGAAAAUUACAAUUGGCAAAAAGACAGAUUUAUGGCAGAGACAGUGGCUGGGAGACCUUUGAUGUGACGGAAGCUAUCUUGAGAUGGUCAAAGUCUGAGCAGACCACUCACAGACUUGAAGUGCACAUUGAAAACAUGGAAGAGGAAGAGAAUGAAGAUGGAGAUCUUGAUAUCGACAUGAAACCCGAGACCAAGCACGUGCCAUUACUAAUAGUGUUCUCUGAUGAUAGAAACAGCAUUAAGAAGGAGGCCAUCGAAGAACUGGAGCAGAUGAUUGACCACGAGCAAGACGUGGUGUUUCAGAGCUUGGAAAACGGGAAUCUUGGCGCCGAAUUGAACGAGGAGGCCAUGUUGCAAAGACGGUCAAACAUGCUCUACGAUACCUCCUCAAGGAUCAGAAGGAAUGCCAGGGGGAAUUACUGCAAGAGGAGUCCCCUCUACGUGGAGUUUAAAGACAUCGGGUGGGAUUCCUGGAUCAUAGCCCCAACCGGAUACGAGGCUUACGAAUGCAAAGGCUCUUGCUACUAUCCAUUGACUGAGCAUGUCACACCAACUAAGCAUGCCAUUGUGCAGACUCUGGUGAAUAUUCGCAACCCUAAAAUGGCAGCUAAAGCCUCUUGUGUUCCCUCAAAAUUGGACCCCAUCUCAAUCCUCUAUCUAGAUGAUGCAGGUGUGGUCACGUACAAGUUCAAAUAUGAAGAUAUGGUGGUGGCAGAAUGUGGCUGCAGAUAGUCCAGAAGGGCAACCAGAAAAAUAACUCUAAUAUAUGUCAAUUUCAAAGUAUUUAAUGAAUAAGAUUGUAAAUGUGUACAUCUCGUGCUGCCUAUUUAAGAAGUUUAUUUAAGGAUGUACAGCUGGAUUUCUAGAUUUAUAAAGAGUGCUGUUGCUGGGAAAAAAAAAAUGACUGUGUUUAUAAAGUCACAGAAGCUAGCUUCACUGAGAACAUGCUCCCGAUAACCUUACAUAGAAACAGGAAGAGUGUCGGAGCAUCAGUCAGUAACACAGAGGUUGGGGGAUUGGAGAAGGCAACUUAACUCUUUGCCCGUGCUCCACAUUGGAGUUUUUGCUUUAUUCCAAGUACAGACUUUUUCUCCAACCCCUUUAAACAUUUUGUAUUUUACAAAGGCUAAAUGAAUUCUGAAAUGUUCUGGUUAUUUAAAUUUUAAGCUUUUGUUUUGAAGUAAACAAAUUGUUUCACUCUUCGAUCUCCUGACAAUCAGACUACCAUUUGUACACCGUUAGUUAAAUUUGCAGGGUUAGGAUAAAGAAAGUUACCUUUCGGUUCCCAUAAAUGGCUAGAGUCCGCGUUCAUUUUGCAAGAACUUGAACUGGGAGGAUAAAUAACCAUUGAUCGCAACAGUUUAGCAAUGGGGCUGCAUGGCAUGUAGUUGAAUUGCUUUAAUCUAUCUUUCAGAUGUGAAUUUGCAAAUUUUAGGAUAUUAUAAGCCAAAUAUUAUUCAAUAAUAUUAUUCCCAACAUCAAACAGUAGAGGAAAACUCCUACCUGUAGUAAAGAACCAAAGAAUAAUUGCAUUUAUUUAGCACGAAUGCUAAACAAAAAGAUGUAGAAACAAGGAACUGCAGGUUCUGGUUUACCAAGGAAAGGCGCGAAAUGCUGGAGUAACUCAAUGUGUUAGGCAGCAUCCCUGGAGAACAUGGAUAGGUGACGAUUCAGGUGAGGUCUGAAGAAGGGUCCCGACCCGAAACGUUACCUAUUCACGUUCUCCAGAGAUGCUACCUGGCCCAAAACAGAAAGAAGUUGGAAACCUGCAGUAUAAACAAAAUAUUCUGGAAAUAGUGGGGCAAUUAACAACUAAGGAGCAUGAAAAUGUGUUUCUAAAUACCUGCACAUGCUGGAAAUCCAAAACAGAAAAUUCAGGAAGCACUCAGCAGACUGGGUGAUAUCUGUGGGAUGGAACAGAGUUAAUGUUUCAAGUCUGAGACACUUUGUCAGAACUGAGCAAGAGAGGUGAAAACGGCAAUUUGAAGUUGCAGAGAGUGUGGCUGGUGGGAUAAACAUGACCGAGGGAAUAUCUAAACAUGAGAGAAACAGGAAUCAGAUUAAUGAUUCAGGAUGAUGACCCAGUUCUGAUAAAAGGAUUUAAAUCUGGAGCGUUUAAUUGUUUCCCUCAUCACCUGCUGAGUAAUUCCAAGAUUUCUAUAUUUUUCCUGUUUUAUUUUCCACGUAGUAAAAUAUUCCAUGGUAAUAACGGCAACAAUAACUAUCAGGAUAAAAAAAAGAACGUAUUCAGAUAGUGACCAAAAGCGUGGUCAGGAAGGUUUCACUGGAGUUUAGAAGGAUGAGGGGGGAUCUUGUAGAAACAUAUAAAAUUAUAAAAGGACUGGACAAGCUAGAUGCUGGAAAAAUGUUCCCAAUGUUGGGCGAGUCCAGAACCAGGGGCACAGUCUUAGAAUAAAGGGGAGGCCAUUUAAAACUGAGGUGAGAAAAAAAGAGUUGUGAAUUUGUGGAAUUCCCGGCCACAGAGGGCAGUGGAGGCCAAAUCACUGGCUGGAUUUAAGAGAGUUAGAUAGAGCUCUAGGUUAUAGUGGAAUCAAGGGAUAUGGGGAGAAGGCAGGCAUGGGUUGUUGAUUGGGGACAAUCACCCAUGAUCGCAAUGAAUGGCGGUGCUGGCUCGAAGGGCCGAAUGGCCUCCUCCUGCAGCUAUUUUCUAUGUUUCUAUGUUUUAAGGAAUGUCUCAAAGGAGGAAAGAGAAGGCAUGAGGGAGGUGUUUUAUUUUGCAUAUAAAGUCAGGGAAUUUAUAAUUCCUGGGCAUUUGCAGCAUUGGGGAGAGUUAUUGAGAAAUUGGAGAAUGUGGACAUGGAGAGACUUCAUCAUACAGAAGUGAACUUUAAGAUUAAGGAGAUGCUGGAGCACGACUCAAUGUACGUGAGUGAGCGGGAGGUGAUGAUUGAAGGGAUUUGGUAUGAAGUUGGAUGCAGGAAGGGAAUUUUUUUAAUGCAUGCCAGCAGAAAUUGGGAGAAUAGGAGAGGAUUGGAAACAUAUGGUCUGAAAGAAGAAGAUAAUUUAACAGCAGAUAAACUGGGUGGCACGGUGGAGAGGCUGGUAGAGCUGUUGCCUCAACGCAUCAGAGACCCUGGUUCAAUCCUGACCUCGGGCGCUGCCUAUGCGGAGUUCGCACGUUCUCCCGGAGACCACGUGGGUUUCCUUCGGGUGCUCUGGUUUCCUCCCACAUCUCAAAGACGUGCAGGUUUGUCUCUGCAAAUUGCCCCUAGUAUGUAAAACGUGAAUGUGAAAGUGGGUUAAAUAACAUAGAACUGUUGUGAAGGGGUGAUCAAAGGUCGACGUGGACUCAGUGGGCCGAUAGGCCUGUUUCCAUGUUGUGUCUCCAAACUAAACAAGACUACAUGGAGUUGUAGUAAAACUAUAUCGACACCAUUAGCAUUUUUAUGGGGAGAACCGUCUGAGUUCAAGUCUGUGUAGGUGGGGUUUACUUUCCCAAAGGUUGGGAGCCAUUGACGUUCAGUGACUAGGAAGAUAUUAGAUCAGCUCAGUUGUCCAACAACACCUUAAGAUCACAAACAGUCUGGGAUUGUAAGUGGGGAAAAACAGCAGGUCAUGGGAAUUGAAGAAAGUAGCUUCAAUCUUUCCUACACUCGAGUGGAGGCAAUGUUGACGCAAUUUGGGCUGGAUAUAGAGUGGCACAGAAGCUGGGUUGUGCCUGGACGUUAACAACGUGAUGUUGAAACCAGCUAUCUAUGUGGUGUUGCUGAGAAGCAGAAGAUAGACGAGAAACAGGUACAAGGAUUUCAGUGAUUGCAGAAGACAACUCUGCCUGACAACAAAGCCUUCACAUGGAAUAUUUUGCUGUAUAACUGCUAUCAUUUCCUAUGCUUCAAACCCAUGAGAUUAUUUUCAAUACAAAUCAAAAUACCUCUUCUGCGGGACUCUCGUUAUGGGGACAUGAUACCCCUUCCCCUUGACUGUAAAUGAAGAUGACUCUCAGAAAGGGUUUCUGUGACUUUAUUAUGUGUUGAUUUUGUAUAUAUUUGUAAAGAUAAAAUGUCUUUAAAUGUAAAUCCAUGCAUAAACUGCUUUGCAUUAUACAAACAAAGCUAUUUUUUAAAUGGUAAUAUCAUCAUAUUGGAUUAGUUUCGAAUGAUAAUGAGACUUGUUCAGCCUUAUUCUGUUUCAAGGGAGAGACCUCCAACAGCACUAUAACAUGUACAGCACUGUAAUAGCACUGUACCUAAUAACCUCGUUACAGACCCUCGGUAUCAGUAAACUUUUCACAGGGAGAGGCGCUCACCUGCUUGGUCCUUUAAAAGUAACAUCAUAAUGGAAGAUUAUUGUUAUGGUUUUGACUGAAUGUAUUUCUGCUCAAUUAAGAAAAAUUAAUAUUGACACAUGUACUUCCAUUUCUUCUGGGUACCAUCCAAGCAGAGUAACAGGCAACAUACAAACAAUAGAUGGACUGACCCAAGCUAUUGAUGAUGUAGAUUCACAUCAUCAUCUUCUCCUCCAAAAAUGGACUCAGUGAGAGCACCAAGCCAGAUGAUGCUAUCAUCACUUAUUGAUCGAUGCUUCUUAUCCGAAAUCUAUUGAUUUUGAUCCAUUUUCAACACAGCAGGAUCACGUGUUCAAAGCAGUAUGUGAUAUUAGUUCUGAUAGCAACAUGGUACAUGGCAUCAGCUUGUUUGUUGCUCUUUUGACCAUCAGCUGGCCUGCGAUACUGUAGAAAGCAUGUCUGUUUUAUCGUCUCACCCCUUUAGUCAUUGACCGUCCAAUGCAGAAAUUCAACCCAGAACAUUACACAUUUAUAACAAUUUUCAUUUAAUUCUAAUUGUCGUUAAUUUGUCAAUUUAAUGUUAAAAUAUAUUGGAAUCAAUUUAAAUUGCCACCCAGUCAUUGUUAUAACAAUUUAACAAAUUUUGACAAGAAUGUUGCACCGUUCACCAAGAUUCCUUUUUUAUUUCCAUAAAAUCUACAAACAAGAACUCAUUCAUGUUUAUAAUCCAUCUGGUGAAGUUAUUAUCAAACAGCUAUCAAAGUUGUUAGGGAAAUUAAAGAUCAUGGCAGGAUUCUGAAAUCCAGAUUCACUCUUCCGACUACCCACUGUUAUAAAAAGUAACAUUGGCAAUUCCACAAUAGCGAGGAGUGUGAUGAAUGGCUUUGCUUCUUCACAGACUAGUGAGGUGGACUCCUCUUUAUAUUACUACAAUUCCACUAUUCCAAAAUCCUUGUGUUUAAAAAUCAAGUAUCCCUGUUCCAUUCCUGAGAAUAGCCUUCUUGCAAACGUUCUUGCACAACUACAGUAAUAGCACUUCCAGGUAUUUCAUCUGCUGCAAGAUACUGCAGAAUUGCAGAGCCUUCAGACCCACUGGAUAAUACUUUAAUUUUCAUGGAUCCUAACAGCGAUUAUUUAGGAGGACGGGAAUUUUCUUCUGCUUGGGUUGCCUCUUUUAGCUUCUUGUCAAAGUUGUUUGUGCACAAUCCUUUCCGUCAGUUUAAAAGCAACUCUGUGCUAUCACAUGCUCUUCCCGAUCCCUGCCAACCUGGGAACUGAAGCACCAGAUAAGGAGGCGUUGGAAGCUGAGAAACACUGGGCGCUGUCACGUUAUUUAUACUGAACCGCAAAGUUGUCAAAUUCUUGGAGAAGUGCGACUGACGUUAGCUCUUCUCUUCUACACUAUACUGAGUCGCACCACUUUUGUACAAGCAGGCCAAAGCUAUUUGCCAUGGGUGAUAAGGGAACAGCUUGUAGUGCAUUCUGCACAAUAUGCGUGACAUGGUCUGAAUCACUUGAGUGAAUACCAACCCCAUGUAACCUUGACUAUGUCUGUGUCAAAAAUCUGACAUCCCACAUCAUUUAUUGGAUGGUAGGAUGAAUUAAGAUAAUAUCAAUAAUGUUAUUGGUUAUUAUUAUUUGUGUAUUAUUGUCACAUGUACCUAGACAUGAUGGAAAAAUUUGCUUGCGUGCUAUCAAGGCAGAUCAUAUCAUGCAUAAGUAUGCCAAUGGUAGUGGAAGAGAGAAAAAUAAAUCAUGUGAAGAAUACAAUAUUAUAGCAACAGGGAAAGUGCUGUUUAAAAAAAUUGCAAGGGCUGCAUCAAGGUAGAUUGGAAGACCAGGAAUUCAACCUUACAUGUAUGAGAAUUGUUCAAGGGUCUAAUAACAGCAGGGAAGAAGCUGUUCUUGUAUCUGAUGGUACAUGCUUUCACGCUUUCAUAUCAAAAUAUUUCAUUUUACAAAUCCAAUCAAAAAUCUAUUUUGGGUCAUUUUAAAGCAAAAUCUUUUGACCUGUUAUGUUUGUACAAUGAAUCUGAGUGGCUUCAGAAAAAAUCCUUCAAAAUAAAUGGUUUCACGGUUACAUGGACUAUAGUGGAAGGUUUUUUUCCCUCUGUAAGUUCAGCCAUCAACAAACUGCAAACACACUAAAUUGUGGAGUCUCUAUUGGACUUUGAUUAAACAUAGAAACCUUCCCUCUUCAUAUAUAUAUAUAUAUCUUCUGCAGACAAAGUUAAUGUGCAAACUACCCUUACAUUGACAAGACCUUUUGGGUAAACAUUUUUCACAGGUAGAAAUAGGUUUGAUUACACACAAUAGAGUCAUGGAAACAAGCUCUUUGGCCCAAUGUGCCCAUACUGACAAACAUGCCACAUCUACACUAGUCCUACCUGCUUCUGUUUGGCCCUUAUCCCUCUAAAUCUUUCCUAUCCCUUGAAAGGAUUGCAGUAUCUAGUAGUGUUACCAGCUGACAAAAGUUUAAUGCAUUUGUGAGGUGCCACUGUUUUCACACCAAAAUAGUCCACAGUGAGGGUUACACAGAAAAGCUGGAGAAACUCAGCGGGUGCAGCAGCAUCUAUGGA